GUAUACAAUUUUGUAUCUUGGGUUUGUUUAAUUUAAAAUUUAUAUACGAAAGUAUGAACCAACCGGGAUAUUUGGCUUACAAAACACCAAUUAUAUCAUAAAAUAAUGAUCCACCAAUGUGCAUCAAGAAUAGGUAAUGAAGAGCGAUGUCUAACAGAAAAUCAGGAACAGUUUUCAUGGAAGAUAUUGAAGUCUUCGAAAGUUCGAAAUCCAUCUGCAAAAGAAGUUCAUUUUAUAAAAUCGUUUGAAGAAACUCAUCUUUCCAAUUAUCCCAAGUUGUUAGUCCCUACUUCAAGUAUAUCACAAAGCGAUUACCAGUGGAAAUCAAAAGUAUCCGAUAAGUGUUUACCAGUCAAGCACUUAGCAACCGAAACUAGUGGACAAAAUAGAAAUGCGCUUAUUGAUCGAUCUAAACGUGGUUUCGAAAAAUUAUUGCAUCCAUCAGCUACAACGAAUAACUUGACAUAUAGACCAUAUUCGAGAGAAGAAAUCGGGAGCAUGAGUUCGAAUGAUUCUAUAAGUUUUUGGAAUUGGACAAAUACAUACGAGAAGAAGAAAAAUUUUAGCAAUGUUUUUGAACUUCGCCACAGGGAAUAUCAAAACUCUGUCAAACAUGUUCCACAUAGCGGUUUGAUAUCUGAAGUCAAAUCCAAUUUUGUCCAACCCUUGAAUUUAACAAAUUUUGAUUGUUGCUAUGCAAACAACAAAUUUAUUAGUUUUACCGGUUCACCGGAUGAAAUCGAAAAGAAGACAGAAAACAACAUUUACGGGUCCGGUAUACGUAUACAAAAGUAUUUAUCAUGAUGAAAAUAUUUUCCAGUCAUUCAGUACCUCAAAAAGUUUGUAGUAUAAUAAAAACCUAUUUGCAACAAAAUUG